AAUGAGUCCCAAGCCGUUUCAGUUGAUGACUAUGGGUCUAUUGUCCUAUCUACUAACGAUGCUGAGUGCAUGAUAUCUGGUAUGUUUGCUUUCCAGACGUUAGGUCUGGAUUGAGCUAACGCGUGCUCGUGAUUGACAGUUAUAUGGGAGUCAAAAGUUAAGGCUACCUGAUCACUUUCACCUAGGAGUAGCAUGUAAUGGAGGUUCGCAAUGUCAUAAUCAUAGUGAGCCUGUAUAAGAUCUGUCCUUUUAUUUAGCGCGCGGAAGUUUGUCAUUAGUGUAUGUAAACAGUGAAUUGCUAAUAGUAUUACGAACGUUGUAAUAGGAUUUUUCUCAGAUUUCAUAUUACCAAUUGAAGGUUUUGAAUCCGUUUAUGAUAAAUAUUUCCUGUCACGUCUCCACACUUUGUUGUAUUCCGAUCCAUAUUUACUAUCGUAAAGAAUGCUACACAAAGACAAACAUUAGGGAAACUACAGUCUUACUUCCUUAUUGAUAAUUCCUAAGUAAAAAUUGGCUUCAGUGAAUCUGUACACACUGUUAGCUUCGUCCUGAGGUUGAGGAGUUACGAAGCAACAAUCGAUCUAACUUGUGCACUACAAGACAGAGGGAGAUAAAUCAAUGUUCUUCGCCAGGAUUUUGUGAAUUUGCUGCAGCAAAAAACCACGAAAAUAUGAGAACACCUAGUAUUUGUCCUACCGAACGGACACCCAACAAACACACAGUAAUCGAAAUACAGAUUGACUUCUUGUUGCCAGGCUGUUCAAGGUCGUUUAAACGAAACGGCGGUCGACUUUCAAAAGAUCUAACGUGUUACAGGCACGGUCGCAGGAUUACUGUCGUCCAUUCACUCGUUGUUCUUACUUAAUUAACUUGCCAUGUGCACUCAUAGAUUUUAUUUUUGCCUUCGUUUCAAUUUAUUUUUGAUAUACUUUACUCUGGAUCACGAACCGUAUUCGGAAAUAAUUAUUUAUCAUAAUUGUAGAUCUCAUGGUCAAAAACCAAAGCCUCUGCACCUGACAAUGGAAGUGAUGUCCGGAACUUUUUAUCUGCGAUUUACGUUUUUGUAUAUGAUUAAGUACUUUACAUUUUCUGUGAUAAAUCAAUUAGUAUCCUCUUAUUGAUAAUUUUGGUCGUCGACAUAACUUGUACAUUACUUCCAAAGAAGUCGAAGUUCGCAAUUCGUUUUCAAUUUGGUCGAGAUUUGUUAGGCCUAUGAUGCAUCCCUAAAGUGAGUCUGAGAUGGCCUUUAAGCAAAUUUAAGGAAUGUAAAUACUCUUUCGGGAGGUUGUAUGUUAAAGUACGUGGUGUGACUCAGUGAUUAAUCACGAGUGUUUAGUGAAGCUAGGUAGUAUUCUUCCUCUCGCUGUAAACAUCAAACCUAGUUUUCCCAAAUUUGUAAACAAAAGGUUGGCAAAGCACUGCAUUGUAACUCAUGUCAUGUGAAAACCCUUACUCAGAACUCCAGGUUGCCUCAUUGUGACUAUGACUAACAGACAAUAUAUUAACUUUAAAAAAUCUUUGCUAGGGUCAAAAAUCGGCUAUAAAUUAGUGAGAAAGUAGAGUCGAGAAUUAGAGCGUUGGUUUUUCGGUGAUAUACUGCCAUUAUUUAUGAUUCCUAAAUGCUAAUUAGCCAUAUAGAUGAGUGAAUUUUGCUCCAGAGUACAGGAAUCACUACGGCGAGACUAUAAUUCUUGGACAAACCAAUCUGAUUUGGGAUGAAAGGUUUUAGAUUUAGGUGCGAAAUUCACCCACCCAUUUGACCAAAUGGCGUCUUGGCAUUUUAGUUUGUGUCAGUUCGUGAUGAAAAACUAUAAAUCCAAUUCCUAACCUUAACUGCCAACUGUGAAUCAUAAUCCUUAUUCUGCAAAUUGCUUCAUAACCCUCAUCUAGCCCUAAUAAGUAGGUAGACACCCCCAGGGUCACGGUGUCACUCAUAGGUCAUCCAUAAAUUAUGGUCACACCGACGAAGUCUAAAUAACGAAGACAGAUUUCUAACCAAUCAGAGAACACGUUGUGUGAAUGAAUAUUUCAUGGCAGAAGAAAUGGCGAUGCGAAGGUUAAAUAAAUUGACAUUGUCAUUCCAAUAAUUUCGAUAGUAGUCUUUUAGAGCUGGACUGACCGAAUAGCCCUCUUUUUUAUCUCUUCUGGUAAUCCAUUCAUCUUUAUGUCUACGUAGCAUUUUUCUAUUGUAGUUUAUACCAGUCCAGGCUGAAAACUAACAUUUGACCCGUAAUCUUAAUUGUAAUGCCAAAUUUUAACUAGGGGCAUUGUAAGGACCCCCAAGUCUUUUCGGGUCACUUUUAAGGUUUAAGAAGACAGACAGUUGAUGAGAUUAAUCCCACGUGUGAACGAUACCAAAGUGCUCUUGAGAAACUGUAAUCACUUGCUAUGGUCGAAAGGGGGUUUUAAAUCUGUAUGAAGAACUAGGAUUCGGAGUUCAAGCUUGAGGCUAAGGUUCGGGACUAAAAUCUUUUUUUUGACAGCAUGAUAUUAGUUAAAAUGCCUAAGUGCUAGUCGACUGUACUAAUCUACUAAUUUCGCGCCGAGACUCCAGAGUUCCCGUUCUAGAUUUGAUUGCUCUAUCCGUAAGUUAAAGUACUACUGGCUGGUCCUUAUUCUAUACAUUUACCCACAUACCUACUGCUAAUUCACACUAUGGUUAGCCUUCACAUCAGGUAUUUUGUAUGCACUUAUAUUUUUUUCAAACGAUUUUAGAAUAAUCGCAAAAGUUACAUAGCGUUUACUUAUUCGUAAUUGGGUUGCAUAAUUUUUCUUCACUUCUCAUUCCAUUCAUGGUCUUAGCGACUAAUAAAGAUGACAUAGCUCCCCAGACAACGCAUUUGGUUUUUCGCCGAAUUUGAGAUAUCUACUUUCCGAUUGUAUUGAAUCUGUGUUCUAUCACUUUUCCAUGAAGUUGAAUUAAAAGAAAAUCUGUUUUUACCCAAUCCUUACUCACUUUCUGUAUUUUCCGUUUCUAUUGUAUAUCACGUAGAUGGACAUAAAUUACAUCAUCCAGUCAACAGAAAAUCUUCAUCUGAAUUCGAGCGAACAGAACAAAAAUCUGUGCAUCAGUGAUGAUGAUGUUAAAAAUACAGCUAAUUAUCUGCUAGGCGAUGAAUUUGAAAAAUCAUGGGAUACAAACAAGUUGAGUCUUCCUCCUAAAGCAUCGCCAUUAUUCAGCUACAAAGUCUGUAGUGAGCAAAGCUUGUUUGUGGGCGAUCAUGCUUUUGGUUUUCCUCCUCUUUCACGUAGCGACGUUAUGCCCGUACAGUUCACUCACCUCACAUGUCUUACAAAAGGAAACUCGAAAACCGUUUAUCAAGCGACUUUCAAACUUAAGUCUGGAAAGACAUUAGAUUACCGUCCAGGUGAUAGCAUCUCCAUAUUACCUGAAAAUAAUGCGCAAACUGUGGCGUGGUUGUUACAGCGUUUAACAUUGGAUAGUCUACAUGAUGCCGAUACACUUUUCACUCAUGAAGUAAUAGCUACAAAGCAUAGAAGCCUCCCUGAAUGGUCUCAUUUUACUUUUCCACUUUCAUUACGAUAUUUGUUGACGUAUUGCUGUGAACUGUAUAUACCCGUAACACGUCGGAUUUUACGAUUGCUAGCAGAUUAUUGUUUUGAUGACAAUGUCAGCUCUGUCAGUGCAGAAAGACAACGUAACCGACUUUUGGAAUUCUCCAGUGCCGAAGGGAAGAAAAUGUUUGAAAAGUAUAUCCAAAUACCUGAUCUUAAUCUCUUGGAUAUUUUGUCUAUAUUUUCAUGUUGCCGACCAUCAUUUAUUCGAUUGUUGGAAAUUCUUCCAACACUUCAGCCACGUUCAUAUACACUCAUUAAUCCAGUUGAUAAACAAUUGUCUUGUGAACAAGAACUAUCUUUUAUUUUCACCAGAGUGGAUUUUAAAUAUCCUGAAAGUGAUAAGCAUGUAGGUCUUAGUGAUCGUUAUCCAUCACGACGUCAUGGCACUUGUACCGGUUGGCUUGAAAAAAUAUGGUUUGGAGUUAAUCAACCUGAUGACUAUCAGAAAGUUAAUUUCAACAAUGUCGGACCUCGGAUUAUAUAUAUAUAUUUACGUAAAAAUAUUACACAAUUUUAUUUACCAGAUAAUAUCUCCCAACCAGUUAUCAUGAUUGCUGCCGGAAGUGGGAUCGCACCAUUUAUUAGCUUUAUAAGACAACGUAAAAUCGACAACCUUAAGGUGAGAUAUUUAUUUAUUCUUAUACGAAUAUUCGUCAAGAUUAGAACGAAUAGUUUGACAGAAUUUGGGCACCGAGUACAGUGAAGACAGUUUAUCUUGAAAUUAUGUUCGAAAUAAUCUCAGCAAUUGAGAUUUAAAAUAAUUCCAACGUUUCGUCCAGCUAACUUGUCCGAACUUCUUCAGGAUAAUGAUUAAAAUCAAAAUCAUCAAAGAAAUAUAUAGCGUUGUAACGAUCAAAUCAAAUCAAAUCUAUACUAUGCUUAAUCCAAUCAUAUUUGGAUGCUGAUUUCUAGUAAAUAGGAUAACACGAGUCAGUUACAUGGGAAUCAUGUGAAAAGUUCACGGCGUGAAAAUAAAUGACUAAAACGAAUUAUCUGUGUGUAUGUAUGUGUAAGAUUGAAUUAUUAAUGAAUAAUAUUCGGUGUUAAUGUUUUUACAUGAAGGAGAAAUAAAGGUGCAAGUUGAAGGUUGAAAAAGUCGUUUCUGAAUCAUUGAAGUGCAAGUAAAAUGAGAAUCAUCAAAUACAUAAUCGUAUUGCUAAAAAUAACUCACAUUACUUUCAGUCAAAAUAACGAUGCAUGUGAAAUAAACAGGUUGAAUAAAGAAAGGGUCCAAUUACUUGUCAACGAAUAUUUACCAAGUAGUCGCUAGUUGAAUACCAUCCUUUCGGUUCAGGCUGUUCUUGUUCGCCCAUACAUACAGCGCUUCUGCUGUCAAUCUUUCUUUAUGAGUGUUAAAGCCUUUCUGAAGUAUCUUGGUCCCUUCAAAAUUAAUCUUGUGUCCUGUUUCUAACGCACGUAACGCGAUCGCAGACUUAUUCUCAAGUUUCUUUAAGUCAACCGAGGAUUUGGGAACAUUUUCCAAACACUGUUUGUGUUCCUUCAACCUUACAUUCAAUUGUCUGGAUGUUUCUCCCACAUAAGCUGUAUUACAGUCAUGACAGUCGAUCUCAUAGACAAUAUUUCGUUUUUCUUCAUUUGGGAACCUAUCUUUAACUUCAACUAAUGCUAAUCUUAUGGUGUCACAUGCCCGAAAAUACACUCUUACAUCAUGCUUGUUUAGAAUCCGCUUGAUUUCCGAUGUUUCACUACGGUAUAGGAUGACCACUGUGGACUUCCAAUCUUUCAGUAUACAUUCUAGUUUAAUUUUUCUUUCAUUUCUAACAAUCUUCUUUAAAAACUCUUUUGGGUAGUUGUUAUCCCUAAUUGUAGACAAUACUCCAUUCCAUUCAACUUGUUGGUCUUUCUUAUCUGUAACUAGCCUAAUACUUCUGUUCAUUAAGUUUUUUACAACAUUGACUUUCGUACACUGCGCAUGAGCCGAACCAUAAUCUAAGUAUCUCUCAGAAUGUGUUGAUUUCCUGAAUACAUUUAUUUUCAACUUCUUAUGAUUGUCUUCGUUCAACCAAACAAUCGCGAAACGCUAGUUUGUGGUCAACGGAUUCAACUUCCUUCGUUAGCUUAAUGCUUUCCGAAAUGUUGUUUACAUUUUCAAACAAUUCUUCUAAGCCAUCCCGUUUAAUGAUAAUAAAAAUGUCAUCUACAUACCAUAACCAGACCAUUGGUGGGCAUACACAUCUUGUGAUUGCACUUGUUUCUAGGGAAUGCAUAAAUAAAUUCGCUACAAUCGGAGAAACUGGUGAACCCAUUGCUAUACCUUCUUUCUGUCUGUAAAGGUCUCCUCGAAAUGUAAAUAAGGUGGAUCUUAAGCAUAAUACCAAACAUUUAAUAACUUCAGAUGGAUCUAAUAGGCGUCGCAAAUUCAUAUCUGAGUCAGAUUCUAAACAAUCAUAAAUAAUAUCCAACGCUCUAUUAACAGGUAAAUUAGUGAAUAAGGAAGAUACAUCAAAACUUGCCAAUAUUUCAUCCUCUUCUACAUAGAUGGUAUCGAUAAUAUUCUUGAAUUCCAUAGAGUUUUUAAUUUCAUGACUAAUCAGUUUGUCAUACGGUUUAAGUAUCUUAGCUAAGUAUUUCUCUAGAUUGUACGUCUGUGAAUUUGUAGAAUCAACCACUGGUCUUAGUGGAGUAUUAUUCUUGUGAAUCUUUGGAAGUCCAUAGAACCUACAAGGGUUACAACUCUUUGGUUAUAACAUAAACCAUAAUGUCGAUUUUAGUUUAACCUUUAACGACUGUAAGACUUUACUGGUUUCAGCCUUAAGUUUAUUAAGCGUUGUCCUACUUGUUUCUUUAAUUUGUUCAUAUGGGCCCUCUUGUAGAUGUUCCCUGGUUUUUUUCUCGUAGUCCGUUUUGUUCAUAAUAACUGUCGUGUUCCUUUUAUUUGCUCUCGUAAUGAUAAUUAUGUUAUCAUUUCUCAGCUGUUUUAAUGCAUUUUUAGUUAUAUUGGAGUUGUUUGAUUUCUGAUGUAAUAUCAUGGUGAAUAUUUUAUUCCUCAAUUCAUUCGCUGUUUCACUCGGAAGAUAAUAUUAAAAGGCGUUAAUUUUGGUCUAUUUAUAUUGAAAUUGAGACCCCUUUCAAGUAAUGAUAUUUCGUGGGAGUUAAGAAUUCUAUCAGAUAAAUUAACGAUCAGUUUGCUAAAAUCCAGUGUGUUUGACUUAUCUUUAGUCUGUUGAACUUUGUUGUUUGAUGCAUGUUUCAACAUUUUUUCGAAAUUUCUAAUCUGCCGUUGUUUUGACGACUGGUGAUAAAACUGUUCUCUGUGUUUGAAAAAUUCAUUUAUAUUUGAUCUUACAUACCUAUCAGCUACUAACAGCAUUUUUUCCGUCAUAGGUAAAUUUUCGUAAUGUUCGCGAUGGUGACAUAGCUUUUAUUACAGUUUAUUAGUAGUUUGGCGUAGUUGUUGCUCACAACCUGGAAGAAUGUUCAGUCAGCAAAAUGUGGUUAUUUGUAACAAUGCAAACUCAAGCUAGUGAAAUUCAUCAUUUAUCAAGCCAAAAAUAGACCACAAUCAGGGUUUUAUGCAAAAGGGCUCUAAAACCUUUUACAUAUGACUCACCUCCCUAAUUAUGGUGGUGAUGAACAUAGAUGUCGGUAGUUGUUUGUGAAAUAAAAAUACCCCUACUGGAGAUUUGUGGCUAAUGUAUGGUUGUCGCUCUCCAACGUCUAGUCUCCUAUUUGAGAAUGAACUAUCAGAUGCAGUAAAUUCUAAAGUAUUGAAACAUCUUUGCUUGUGUUUUUCAAGAGAUACUGUAAAUUCUCCGGAUGAAAAAUAUUCACUUAAAGAAAUUUCGUCAAUAUUAACUGAACAAGCCUGUUUUCCACUCAAAGCACAGUAUGUUCAAGAUUGUCUCCUUUGUAAAUAUUCUACUGAUUAUGAGGUAUCCGAGCAUGAUAUUCAACUGAUGAAUCUUGUCUUCGAAAAAGGUGCUAAAAUAAUGAUUUGUGGAGGACCACGUGCUUUAGCUUUUGGAGUAUAUGAGUCGUGGCUGAGACUACUUGCUAUGCGACUUUAUUUUGAACGAACACAGAAAUGGUGUAAAUAUUCGGCCAUACCUGAAGAGGAUUUCAUAAAUGCUCGGGCAUAUGUAGAUAUAAUGCGUAAAGCAGAACGAUUUCAAGAGGAUGUAUGGGCUUAACGAAAAAUUCCCACUUAUGAUAUUUUUACUGUAAAUUAUUCGUCUAUUAAUAUUUCUUCUUUGCAUAUAUUCAAGUGUGUAUAAUGUUGUAUAUUAAACUGUAUCACUAAAACAUCCUUUUUCUACAACUUAAACUGAGGGUCACAGACAAGGGUUACGAAUAAAAUUAUGUGUAUAUUUAAUAACUUUGAAAGUUGAUUGUACUGUAUCACAAACUGAUUGAUAUCAACCUCUCGUGCUAACAAGAGUUUGUUUAUUAUGACAUCUGGAUUUGCUACUUAGUUGAUUAUUAAUCCAUGAUAAAUAUACACAUUAUAAAUA